AUGGCACCCAAGCCUGCCGCUUUUGCACCACCUCUGCGGAGCGGACAGAGGGCAUCCAGCGCAAUCAGUGCGGUUGCAAAGGUCCCCAGUCGCCGUUUGCGACAAGAUCUCGGUCCUGCCGUUCAGGGUGGCGAGCGUACGCAUCUCACCUCAACGUCCGAGUUGCAGGUGGCUUUUGACCUCUUGGAUGAACACAAGCGUGGUGCUUUGGAUCACCAACAAGCCAAGAGGUGGCUACGAUGCGCAGGUUGGUGCCUACCGGACAAGGAGCUCAGCGAAAUGCUCGCCGAGCAUAUCAGGCAACGCGCAAAGCGUGGUACCAUGUUGGAGGAGAAGUGGGCCUUCAAGCAACUUUUGGAUGUGCUGGAGAAGAACAAAUCCAGAGAGAACACAACUGUGAAACGCCUACAGAGUGCCUUGCGCACUUUGGCCAAAAAUCGGUCGAAGAUUGCGAAGGCAAGGCUUUUGGAGAUCUCCGAUGCGGAGCUUGUGCUCAGUGAGCUGAAGCUGGAUUCCAAGAACAUAUUGGACUGCGAUACCCUGGCAGAGAAGAUCCUUGCACGAAUUUGUGAUCCGCCUUGUCCAAGCUGGGCUGGGCCCAGCGUCUUAAUUUGCGUGCAGCGUGACCAAGCGCCCGAUGUACAUAUCAAAUAUGCCUCCCAUGCACACCUGGAUCUUCUCUUUGACAUCUAUUGCCGUCGAAUUCAGGUUGACAGUUCCCUUGUGAGCUUUAAGCUUCGUAAUCGAGAGCUCCAAGAGGACGACACCUACGAAAGCUUGAGAAUGGGUGGUCAGGAUGUCAUCACCGCCACAGUGAAGGCAUCAAAGGCUUCCGUCCGGUUUGAGGGCUCGGCCUCCUCCGAAAGUGAUUCGUAG